AUGUCUUCAAUCAUUUGGCCGAAGCAGUACCUGCCCGGCACGACAGACAACUUUGUGUCGAACGAGAUCUUCGUCACGAACCUGACCGCAGCUCAGGUCUGGCCCAAUCUGGUCGACAUGGCCUGCUGGGAAUCCUACUACGACAACGUCAGCCAGAUCACCCCGCCCGCCAGUGGCACGACACUCAGCACCAAGGGCGACCGCUUCAGCUUCUCGACCUUUGGGUUCCCCCCACUCAACGCCGAGGUCUGGGAAUCCGUGGCCCCCGCGCCAGGCUCCCCGGGGCGUCUGGCCUGGCGCGCAUGGCAGGAUGGCGACGCCGAGACAGCACUGGAAGUUUACCACGCUUGGCUGGUUGAGGAUACAGAAUGGGGCGCUGUGCGUAUAUUGACGCAAGAGACGCAGAUUGGCAAACCUGCUGCCCAGCUGGCGACCACGCGGCCGAAUCCGAUGCUGCUCGGCCAUCAGGACUGGCUGAACGGGUUGGCCAGGAUCAGCAAGCAAUGA